CUUCUGUUAGCCCCUGCUUGUUUUGCUACUUUUUUUCUUUCCCCCGGCGAUCAGGCGAACACACCGCUAAGAAUGAAUAGAAGGAAACGUUCUUGCGAUGAAUGAAAUUUCAGAAGUGUCCGACUCGGUUUAGGUCGGUCCGCUUACAUAUGAAGAUAUUGUGCAAGAGAGUUUUCUCAAGAAUGUGGCGUAUCUAGCCUAGACGAGAAAUAUUGGAGUGUUGCUUGAUAUGGAAUCACUGGGCCUACCCGGCUUCAGAUUGUGAAUUAGGCCUGAGGGGGGAUUGCUGGAGUGUUUAUUUUUUGUUCCUAUCUUCAAAAGAAGUGGAUAUUUGAUCUAGAUCUAUGAAGUUUUGGAUAGUUUUAUACAUUUGUGUGAAUAGGUCAACUUAAAAAAUAUAUUUAAAAAUGGAUUAUUCUUAUACUCUUCUGUUGGCAAUACUUGUUACAUUUCUAGAAGGCAGCAUUGGUCAGUUCAGAAAGCAGCCACAAUGUGAUCAAGGUAGUUGUUACCCGGCAACUGGGGAUCUCUUAAUUGGCCGUGAACGAAAUCUUACGGCGUCCUCCACGUGCGGCCUUGAAGCCCCACAGCGCUACUGCGUGGUCAGCUACUUGGAGAAGGACACGAAAUGUUUCUUCUGUGACUCCCGGAACCCGUGGAGGGCUGGCGUCUCCGAGAACAGCCACCGCAUCGGCAACAUCGUUUCCUCGUUCAAGAGGGACAAGCUUCGAAAAUGGUGGCAGGCCGAAACGGGGAAGGCCAACGUGUACAUUCAGCUGGACCUGGAGGCGGAGUUUCACUUCACGCAUCUCAUCAUGACCUUCAAGACGUUCAGGCCCAAGGCCAUGCUCAUAGAGAGGUCCUACGACUUUGGCAGGACUUGGAAAGUGUACAGGUACUUCGCCCAGAACUGUGACAAAUCAUUCCCACACAUCACCAAGAGGAUCGUCCAUAACCUGACUGAUGUUAUAUGUGAUGAGCAUUAUUCGGCGGAGACUCCAUCCACGUUAGGAGAGGUAAUUUUCCGAGUGUUGCCACCUUUUAUUCCUAUCCCUGACCCUUACAGCGAGGAUGUCCAGGAUUUACUUAAACUAACCAACUUGAGAAUCAACUUUACGGAGCUACACACACUAGGUGAUACUCUACUGGACACCAGGCGGGAAAUCAAAGAAAAGUACUACUACGCCCUGUUUGAUGUAACUGUCCGAGGCAGCUGUUCUUGUUAUGGUCAUGCUGCCAGGUGUUUGCCUGUCCCUGGACUCUCUGAGGAAGUCGCCCGAGACAUGGUGCAUGGAAUGUGUGAGUGUACCCACAACACUAAAGGCCUGAACUGUGAGAUGUGUCAAGACUUCUACCAUGACCACCCUUGGAGACCAGCCAGACACAACCAACCAAAUAUUUGCCAAAAGUGCAACUGCAAUAACCAUGCCACUGAGUGCCACUUUGAUGCAGCUAGAUUUCAGGCUUCUAAUGAGGUCAGUGGAGGAGUCUGUGACAACUGUCAGCACAACACCAUGGGUGUCAACUGUGAGAGUUGUAAGCCUUUCUACUACCAAGACCCUGUUCGGGACAUCAGAGACCCUGAGAUUUGUCAACCCUGUGAUUGUGAUUCUUUUGGAUCCUUGCGCAAUGGUCUCUGUGAGCAGGUGACGGACGUGGAGACUCAAACUGUGGCUGGAAGGUGUUUAUGCAAGCGGUAUGUCACUGGUGCCAGAUGUGACAUCUGUAUUGACAAUUACUGGAACUUACAGAUAGAUAAUCUAGAUGGUUGUGAACCAUGUUCAUGUAAUCCUGAUGGCACAAUACCAGGUGUUGGAUGUGACAUGGACACUGGCAUGUGCAGGUGUAAGAGAUAUGUCACUGGUAAAAACUGUGAUGAAUGCUAUAAUGGAUUUUAUGGCUUGAGUGCUGACAAUCGUCAUGGCUGCAAGCCAUGUCACUGUGACCUUGGUGGCUCCCUCAAGCUGAGCUGUGACAGUGAGAGUGGCCAAUGUGAAUGCAGGCCUCACAUCAGAGGAAAGGAAUGCAAAGAGGUGGACCCUGGUUAUUUCUUUGCCCAUCUAGAUUAUUACCUUUUAGAAGCAGAACAUGGUCAAGGCAGUGGUAAUGCCAAGGUAGUAGUGAGACAGCCUUCACCCAACUACAAUUUCUGGACAGGUGAGGGACAGAUGAGUGUGAUGGAAGGAGACAGUAUUGAAUUCACUACCAGUAAUUUGAACUUACCUUUCAGCACAUACUAUGAUAUUAUCAUCAGAUAUGACUCUAGAACUCCUGGUGUGUUUGAUGAUGUUCGUGUGACUGUGAUCAGACCUGAUCAAGUUGACCCCAAUGGUCUCUGUGGUGACUUUAAACCCAGAGAUGACAUCAAAACAGUAGCACUUAAACCUGGUCAACGCUAUGAAAAAGUGACACCACCAUCAUGCUUAGAAACAGGAAUUGAUUACAAAAUUAAAAUAGAAUUUAGCAGUAGUCAACCUUCCACUACACGUGCACAGGUCUUGGUGGAUUCAAUUCUCCUAGUGCCCAACACAGACUAUAUUCCUAUAUACCAAGGCCAAGGGCUACCAAAUUACAUGAAGACUGAGUUUCUUUACAACAGGUGUGACAUGCUUCAGUACCCAUCUCUCAAGUCUCCACUUAGUGAGCAGUGCAGGAAACACACUUUCUCUAUAUCUGCUGUUCUGCACAAUGGGGCCUUGCCCUGCGAAUGUCAUGGCACAGGGUCAACUAGCUUGGAGUGCAAUCCCAGCGGUGGUCAGUGCAGUUGCAAACCUAAUGUUGUUGGGCGCAAGUGUGAUGAGUGCGCACCAGGAACCUAUGACUUUGGAGUUAAUGGAUGUAUUGCUUGUAACUGUCAUGAGUCUGGUUCCCAAGGAAGUUUCUGCAGUGAGUUUGGUCAGUGUACAUGUCAUCAGAAUGUAGGGGGCAGGGCUUGUGACCAGUGCAAGAAGGGAUACUGGGGAUUCCCACAGUGCAGACCCUGUCAGUGCAAUGGUAAUGCAGAGACUUGUGAUCCUUUGACUGGAGCUUGUAUUAACUGUCAAGAUUUCACUACAGGCGAUUAUUGUGACAGAUGCACACCAGGUUAUUAUGGUGAUCCAGUAAUCGGUGUUAGAAUACCUUGCAAGCCCUGCAUGUGUCCAGGUGGCCCUACCAGCUCCAUUCAGCAUGCUGAUACCUGUGCAUUUGACCCACGUAGCCAACAAGUCUACUGUACAUGUAAACCUGGAUACUCAGGUCUAAACUGUGAGAGCUGCAUUGACAACUACUAUGGAAACCCAACAGAGCUGGGUGGCCAGUGCAAGCAGUGUGUCUGCAACAACAACAUCAACUUUGAUGACCCUGACAGUUGCAAUGGUCUAACAGGGGAGUGCCUUAAGUGUCUCUACAACAGUGAGGGAUUCUCUUGUGAGCACUGUAGGCCAGGUUACUAUGGUGAUGCAACCAAACAAAACUGUGCUACUUGUGUUUGCAAUCGGCUUGGAACAAACUCAUCACUGGGGCAGUGUGACCGUGUCACUGGCCAGUGCCCAUGUUUGCCUAAUGUUGUAGGCACAUCCUGUGAUGUUUGUGCCUCUGCUCAUUGGAACAUCAACAGUAGAUUAGGCUGUUCUUCCUGUAACUGUGACCCUGAUGGUUCAGUAUCUCUAGAGUGUAACCAGUUUGAUGGCCAGUGUACUUGUAUUAUUGGACGUGGUGGACCCAAGUGUGCAGACUGUCAGGACUUUUAUUAUGGAGACCCAACAGACCAGUGUAUUCCCUGUGACUGUAACAAACAAGGCUCAAAAUCUAUGCAGUGUGACCGUCGCACUGGGCAGUGUAGCUGUGUUACUGGUGUCACUGGGUUUAAGUGUGACAGAUGUGCUCGGGGAACUACUGGUGACCUCCCCAACUGUGUGCCUUGUGGUGAAUGCUUUGACAACUGGGACAAAAUCAUUAUGGAUCUCAGAAAUCAAACACUUGACCUGGUGGGCAAAGCCAAUGAUGUCUCUGUGAAUGGAUCCAUCAAAGCAUUUGAUGAGGAGUUCAAACUGAUGCAGAAAAACCUAGACGAAAUCAACAGUAUACUUAACCAAGUCAAUUUCACCCAGGUGGAUAUCAAGGACAUUCAGGACAUGCUGGAAGUAGUCAAAACUAAUCUAACUGAAAGCACAAAGUCUCUAAAUACAGUGGAUGAAGAUGUCAGCAAAAGGACAGCUCGUAUCAAGAAUGGAGAAAUACAGAUUGAGCUGAUAAGGGAUAGAUUAAAAAGUUUGAAAGAUCAAGCUGAUCAGCUGAAAGUGAAUGCUACAAACAUACAGAUCAAAGAUGUGGGAGGUGCUUUUGAAAAAAUAAAAGAGGCACUGAAUGAAUCACGAGCUGCCCAACGCAGAGUAGAUAAUACUGCUGAUGUGCUUAGAGAAUCUGCCAGAAUAAGAAAUGAUACACAGAAGCUUAUUGAUGCAAGGGAGGAAAGAUUUCAAAAUAUGAUGGAACAAAAUGCCCAGAGUCUUCAAGGACUACAGAAUGAUGUGACCAAGCUUGAGGGAGACUUGUUUGAUGUGAAUGGAAUGGUGUGUGGUAACCCUAGCCAAGACUUCUGUUCAGCAUUGUGUGGUGGGGGUGGUUGUGGCAAAUGUGGAGGGGACAGCUGUAAUGGCUCUGUCAGUAUAGCCCAGACAGCCCUAAAUUUGGCCAAGCAAGCUGAGCAGCUCCUACUUGCCAAGAAUAAAAAUGCAACUGAAGAAAUUAUUCCCCAAGUUACAAAAGCUAAGCAAGAGGCUCAGUUAGCCAAUGAAACAGCUCAAAUGGCCCUUGAAGAGGCCAGUGCCACAUUGGCUCAGAUAGAACAAUCCAAACAGACUGUUGAGGGUCUUCUGAAACAGAUCAGAGACUUCAUGGAGGGCAAUGAAUCAGCUUCACCAGAGGAUGUUAUCAAGAUUGCCAAAGAGGUGCUAGCCAUGAAUAUUCCCUACACUCCAGAAAUGAUCAGUGAGCUGUCCAGGAAGAUCAAUGAAACCUUGACGUCUUUGAAGACUAUUGACAUUAACCAGAUACUCAAAGAUACCGCCAACAGCAGACAGCUGGCUGAUGACCUCAAACAGGGUGCUCAGAGAGUUUUGUUAGAGUCAAAGAGUAUAAGAGACAAAGCUCAGGAUGUCAGGGAUAAAUUGUCAAAGACAGAUUCAAUGCAGAGGGAUGUUCAGAGUGCUAUUGAUCAGGUGCUCAAAGACGUAGAUGAUGCCGAGUCUGAUAUGAAAAUGAUCAAUGACAACACCAACAAAGUGAAAGGUCUAUCCAGAGAGACUGAGAAACAAGUGAGCCGUUUGAAUGAGAAACUGAAUGCUGUGUCCUCAAGCUACACUGAGAUUACCACUGACAAGCUGCCUAGAGCAGAGAACUUGGCCAAUAAUGCUAAUGAGAAAGCAAAGUUGGCUUUGAAUCAUUCUCUUUAUUUGGAUCAGAACUAUGACUCAACAGCUCAGAACUUAAAUGACAAGUUCAAUGAAACCAAAAAUGCCAAAGAAAGAGCUGAGAGAUUGAAACAGAGAACCAACCAACUGAUGAAAGAUACAACAGCCAAGCUGAAUGAAAUGAAAGAUUUGCAAAAGAAGGUUGACAACUAUGAAGAAGAGUUGCCUAAAUUUCAAGAUGAGAUUGACAGAUUAAAUAGACUGAUGGAUACCUACAUUGAUAACAUUAAAAAGAAGUCUUAUAAAUAUGACACUUGCUAAUGAUAGUCUUGUAUAGUUGUUUUAUCUCUUCAAAUUCAUAUCACAUUGUUUAGGAUAGUGGCUAACAGAUAUGUCAUGAUUUAUGACAGAAGAAGAUUUCAAAAUUUGAAAAUGUCUAAGAUCUUAAAAACAAUUAUUAUUUUUGCAUGUCAACAAAAUUAUAAACAUUUUUAUCAGAAUUGUACUGGUAUUUCUUAAUUAUAGCAACAUAAAACAAACUGUAUCUUGAAAGUCUACCAUAACAUUAAUCUGCAAAGUAACAAGAAAUAAUUGGUAUUACUUGAAGAGUUGUGUGUGUUCUUAAGCAGCAAUAAGAAAAGGUAUUAAAUGUAUAUUCUUCAUACUCUACCUUGUCAGUUGUACACUUCACACACAGAAAUUUUGUUUGUAGUUACAUCAGGAACAUAAAGUAAGAAUUGUCCAUUGAACCUUUUUACAUUCGUACAAUAUCCAUAAUCUUUUUCAGUGUAACAAUAAAUUAAUUUGAUAAUUGUUUCUUGAUCAAUAUAACAAAGUCUCCACACUAGAUACCUAUUCUGUACUUGUGAUCAUUUUAGUGAGGGACAAAAACGUUUUUAUAUCAAAAACUAUUAUCUUCACUUAAGAACAGUAUUAUUUAGGUUGAAAAAAGUUGGCGUCUAUGAUCUAAUGUGGACAAUGAAACUAUGAACAUUUUUUUUCCUGAAAGCUUAAAAUAGUUAGGCUCUCAUUACAAAUCUAUGUCCCUAUAAUUAAUGUCUUAAUGUAAAUAUUUAACUCAACCAUAAGCUUUAACAUUGAAGUCAUUAGAACAGAAUUGAGCUCUUUUAUUUUAUCUUUCAGUACUGCAGUUCAUUUUUUGUUUCAAGAAAUAGUUCAAACAUGUCUCCAUUCAAAUGUUGAUUUGGGAUCAUGCAUUUUUUUUUUUUUAAAUUGCUUUAAAUCUUUUUCAAAGGAAAUAUUUAGCAUUAACAUUUUUAGUGUUAUUGUUUACAUUUUUUUGGCACCUUUUUUAUGUUUAUUUUUAUUAUUUAUUUAAAUGGUUGCUCAGCAUUAUACUAUUUGUACCUCUACCUAAUGUAGAGACUGUCUAGUAGGACAGAUGGCAAAUAUCUAAUUACAGAAACAAACAUCAGAUGGUGCAUGAUUAGAAUGACUGUUGAUGUUUAUAUAUAUACAUAUAUAUACAUCUUGUUUUGUUUCUAUAGAAACUUUGUACAAAAGUUAAAAAAAAAAAAAUAAAAAAAAAAACAACAACCCAGACCACUUUAUGUUACGUAUGUAUACUGCAUGACUUUUUAAAAUAUAUAUACUAUAAUACAUUUGUGUGUUGUAUAAAUGGUCCAGUAUGUUUUGUAUGUAACCAGUGGCACAGUCUGGUUCUGUGACCAGAUUGUUUUCAUGAUCAACAUUUUAACUUGAAUACGAUGUACCAAACCAUGAAUAUAAUACACCUGUGACUUGUUAGAUACAUGGCCAAUCCUGUACAUAGCCAAAGGUAUGGAAGUACAUUCUGACUCUUAUUGUAAAGUUGUAUGUUUUUAUUGAAUUUAUUGUCUUGUCAAAAGUUGUCUUAGAUGUUGUUGAUUUUUCAUGUAAACAUAAGAUCAAAAGCCUCUUUCAUAUGUUUAGAAUGUGUAUGUUACCUCGUGUAAUUUUAUUUAUAUAUUCAAAUAUAUAAAUAUCUAUAUGCAUAUGUUAUACCUAUACAAUCUAUAUACCAUAUAUCAAUGUUGAAGCUCUCAAUUUGUGUGCCUUUGUUUUUGUUGUGCUUUCAAGUUUUUUUUGGUCAUCAGUUCUGGAUAUAUGACAUUUUAAGAUGAAAUUGUUCCAUUUUUUUUAGUACAAAUAAACAACAGGAAAUGGUAUCAUUAGAAAGUUCUGAUCUGACUAGAAUGUAGUGCUAUUUUAUAACUAAUUAUACUGUACCUCUAUAGAAUACUCGUUUGUAGUUUUGCCUAACAAUAUGUGUUUCUGCUCUAUAGCCCCAAAAAACAGCGAAAAGGAAGAAACCUUAUAAGGGGUGUCAACUGAUUCUUUCCUGCUUCUAUGUUUUUUAUGUUCCUCCAGUAACUGUGUAAUAACUAAAUUUUUGUGACAUGGUACUCUCCCAUCUAGUAAGCUGAAGCAGUAGCUAAGGCUAUAGGUCGUAAGGGCAAACAUUCAAGAACAAACAAACAAAAAAGCUCAAACAGGUGUCUUGUAAUUUAAAUGUAUUUUUAUUUUAUGUUUGUUGAGCUGAGUAUGUGUUUAAUAGUGGUGAAUUUGUAUUCACAAUGUGUUUGUUUUAAAUGAUACUAAAUAGAAUGUAAUGAAAGUCUAGCCAACAAAUACAUCAAUAUAUAAAUGGCAUUUUUGUGUACUAUGAUAUCACUUCAUUCUACAGGAGUGAUCAUGGGGAAAAAAAUCUGUUCAAAAACUGGCCAGUCAUUUGAUUUGUACAGUCAUCAGUUAUCUAUGUGUGAUUUACAACUAUCCAAAACAAAACAAAAAAACAUUUAGGAGCUACUCUUAUGCUACAAUUUUUUUAAGUUGCAAUGUCAGGAAAAUAUUGUUUAAGUUUUGGUGACAUUCUCCUUCAUAAUUUUUGAUUGGCUUUAUUGUGGAAGAGUAGAUUCCUAUGCUAAAGAGAUUGGUUCUAAGUGCAAUUUACUUCACCUGCUAUCCAAAGUUACACUAUUACUACCUCUUAGCCAGUCCUUUUUUUCCCCUAUGUAAUUAAUUAGCAUUCUAGUUUGUUUAUUAUUGUAGGCUUUAAUAAAUUGACAUGGUUGCAUAAUGUAUUUGUAAAUUGAUGUUCAUUUUAUGUUCACUAAACAUUUUUGUUUGUUCAAGUUGUGUAAACACCCACUGUCCAUUCUGCAGAUGUUUUAGUAUAUAUAUGUCAACGUAGUGCAUUACAAAGUUUUGUCCAACUAACAGACUCAAUGUGUUAUUAUGCAUGUCCUAUUCAUUCAUCAAUCAAGAUACAUUUUGAUAAGAUUGCUAUAGCUCUACAUUCUUGUAAUCACCCUGCUUUUUUUUUUUAAUUCACCCACUCUGGCACUAAGUUUUCUCACACUUGUUCACACAGCUCAAAGUAAGAGCUCAUGAACUCAAGUUCAUUUAGCUUGUUCUUUUCAAGUUUUAUAUUUCUCAAAUCCAAAACAGUCAUAUUUUUGUAAAAUUUAAGCUACUAAUAUUUAAUAAAAUAAAAUGUAUCAGAACAAUAAAUUCAUUCACAGAU